AUGACUAAGGGUAAAAAGAUAAACCACGGUAGGUGGACUGAUUCUGAGCACCAAAGAUACGAAGAAGCUUUAAAAAUGGGUCUUAGCUGGAAAAAGCUAGCGAAAGUUGUUGCCAGUAGAACGAUUCAACAAUGCAGAUCCCAUCAUCAAAAGAUGAAAAUAAAUCCAACUAGCAACCGAAUUGCUAAAAUAGGCAUCACUAUGUAAGAUUCACUUAGGAUUGAUGCAUGUACUCAAUAUGAAAUCCCAAUGGCAGAGCAUAUAUUUCGCGCUUCCGAACUUACUUUAAAUAACGUCGAAAGGUUGUUUAAAUCAUUUGGAUAUCUUAGUGAAGAAGGUUUUGAGGCAACCAUGUACCUAAGUGAUGCUUUACCUAAAGGCAUUUAA